AUGAACUAUUCGUGCGCCCACUGGUCCGCUGACCCGACCGAAGCUCUGGCAGCCGCCCAGCACCGCAAAGUGCACGCCCUCCUGCACAAAGCCAAGAUCGCCCCCGCGCAUCACAUCCUCGAUAUCGGCUGCGACUGGGGUGACCUGGCUAUCCAGGCCGCGCAGACGUACCACUGCCGCGUCACGGGCGUCACCCUCUCCAAGGAGCAGACGCGCUGGGCCGACGACCGCAUCCAAGCCGCCGGGUUGGCCGAUCGCAUCGAGAUCCUGCUCUGCGACUACCGCAACGUGCGGCCGCCCGCCGCUACCGGGUACUACGACCGCGUCAUCUCGGUGGGCAUGUUCGAGCACGUCGGCCGCGAGUACCUGCCGGAAUACUUUGCGACGAUCAAGCGGCUACUGCACCCCAGGGAGGGGAUCCUAGUGCUAGAUGGGAUCACGGCUAUGAAUCGGGUAAGGUUAUCCCCACAUCCACGUUACUCCUAUACUUCCGCAGCAACCGGGCGAAAGUUCAGCGACCUAAUACCCAUGGAUGAUCGCAAAGUCGAGAUCCACAGCCUGCAGGCGCGCACCGACCUCUUCAUGCUCAAAUACAUCUUCCCGGGGGGCUACCUGCCCACCAUCGGAAUGCAGCUCGAUCACAUCCACGAAGGGUCCGGCAAGAUGCUGGUGAUCACCUCGGCCGAAAGCGCCGGCUCGCACUACGCGCGAUCGCUGGAGGUGUGGCGCCACAAUUUCGUCCGGAACUGGGGCGCGAUCGAGGCGGAUUUCCACGCCGAGAAUCGCCAGUGUACCGAUUUUGAGGUGGAGGCCUAUCGGCGGAAGUGGCUGUUUGUCGUGGCCGAGACGAGCUUCCGGUUGCAGCUGUUGAAUAACUUCACCAUUACGGCGGCGAGGACGCCCGGGUCUGAGGUUAGCUACGAGUCGUUACCACAAGGACCUUAG